AUGUUUAGCCAGGAGGCGCUGCCCGCCACCUCCUUCAGCCUGGGGGCCGGGAUCCUGCAGGAUGCGAGCGGCCAGUUCGGCAAAAGCAGCUACAGCAGCAGCCCCCACCAGCCGCCUUUCUUCCCCUUCCCAGCGGUGAAAGCGGAGUACGAGCCCCCCGAGCUGCAGGCGGGGGAGGCCGGCCAGGCUAAGGCCUGGUGCCCUUUCCCGGGCCCAGAGCCCUGCCACCAGCCAGGCAUGGCUGGGGGGCACCAGGGCCCCCCUCUCCUGGGAAGCGGGCAGGCCCCGAAAGAAGAGCCCGGCCAGGAGAAGGGGCGCAGACAAGGCUCCCCAGAAGCGAAAUGCGCCCUCCUGCCCGCGGGCCCCUACUACGCCCACCCCUGGAACAGCCCUUUCUGGCCUGCCUUGGCUGGCCACAGCGCGGCGGCGGCCCGCGGCCCCCUCCCCAGCCAGACGUUCCCAGGGGUCGGGCUUUGCCCCGGGGCCCGCCACGCCAUCUACCCCAGCGACCCGCACCAGCCCCCCAGCGGCCUCUCCAGCCUGGGCAGCAGCGGCAGCUCCAGUGGGGCGGCUAGCGAGGGAGGCCAGUCCAGUGAGAGUGGGGACGAGGACACCACUCCCACCUCGGAGGAGCUGGAGCAGUUUGCCAAAGACCUCAAGCACAAGCGCAUCACCCUGGGGUUCACGCAGGCUGACGUGGGGAUGGCUCUGGGGACUCUGUAUGGGAAGAUGUUCAGCCAGACAACAAUCUGCCGCUUCGAAGCCCUCCAGCUGAGUUUCAAGAACAUGUGCAAGUUGAAGCCGCUGCUGCAGCGCUGGCUCAACGAGGUAGAGAACAGCGACAGCCUGCAAGAGCUGUGCAAUGCAGAGCAAGUGCUGGCCCAGGCCCGGAAGAGGAAGCGCAGGACCAGCAUCGAGAACAAUGUCAAGGGCACGCUAGAGAGCUUCUUCCGCAAGUGCGUAAAGCCGAGCCCCCAGCAGAUCUCGCAGAUCGCCGAGGAUCUCAACCUGGACAAAGAUGUGGUGCGAGUCUGGUUCUGCAACCGGCGUCAAAAGGGCAAGCGGCUGCUGCUGCCCUUCGGCGAUGAGAACGAGGGAGCCAUGUACGACAUGAACCUGGCCCUGGCGCACCCAGCCCUGCCCGCCGCAGUGAGCUCCCAAGCCUAUGCCCCGGCCCCCCUGGCCUCGCCCCCUCCCAUCUACAUGUCGGCUUUCCACAAGGGUGAGAUCUUCCCUCAAGCUUUGCAGCCGGCGGUCUCUAUGGGGAACAGCGGCAACUGA